AUGAAACGUUGGAUCAUGGAAUCUGACUCUACGAGUGGAGUUAAACGUUGGAUCAUGGAAUCUGACUCUACGACGCUGUUCCAUAGUGGAGUUGCCAUCAAACUGCUGCAAUAUUACCGAUUCCGUCACUCGUGGGAGGAACGACCGAACAUCUCAGCUAGUUGUGGUCUGUGUGAGGCCAUUCAAGAGUGGGAAAAUUUCGGAACAAACCGAAAUGUUGAGGCGCGAGCAGCAGUUGCUGGUCACCCGGCAGUCUCUGAGGAAUAUACUCCAAGUAUCUUUUGCAGAAGCUUGCCAAGCGUCCGGGGGCCGGCAGUUAUCAUCAACGCGCAUGGAAGACGUCUCCUUGAUUGGCAUCUCAUCACGAAGCUAGGCGAGAAGUUCAAAAACCGGGAUGCAGUCUUGCCGCUGAGUUGCUAUAUCAGUGGGAAGGAGGUUAUUGGCAAACCUAUUUCAGCUGCACGAGAUCCAGUUCGCAUGUUCGAGCUCCUGUACACGUUGAUUACCGGAACUCUUACUCCUUAUGAAAGGAAGAAGGCCUCCGAUGCGGAGUUGGUUCGGGCGGUCUGGAAAGUGCGGGCACUGAACAGCACGUUAUCUGCAGAAAUGCUCAGAUAA